AUGUUAGAUCUUCAACUUUUGAUCCGUCAAAACACGGAUAAAUUAGCUCGAUCAAUCACUGAAGAACAAGGAAAGACAUUUCCCGACGCGAAAGGAGAUGUCUUCCGAGGUUUACAAGUAGUUGAAAAUGCUUGUAAUAUUCCCUCUUCAUUCAUGGGUGAACAGUUGGAGGUAGCAACAGAUAUGGACACGUUUACUGUUCGUCAACCUCUUGGCGUCACUGCUGGUAUUUGUCCAUUCAAUUUCCCGGCUAUGAUUCCGUUAUGGAUGUUUCCCUUAUCGAUUGCAGCUGGCAAUACAAUGAUUAUUAAGCCGUCAGAGCGUGAUCCGGGUGCUAUGAUGUUGCUUGCUGAGUUGGCUGCAGAAGCUGGUGUACCGAAAGGUGUACUUAAUGUUGUUCAUGGAUCUGUUGAUACCGUUAAUUUCAUAUGUGAUAAUGAGCAUAUAAAAGCAAUUUCGUUUGUUGGUAGUGAUGCUGCUGGUAAAUAUAUCCACGCACGGGGUUCUGCCAAUGGUAAAAGAGUACAGGCAAAUCUUGGUGCCAAGAAUCAUGGUGUGAUUCUACCUGAUGCCAAUAAGAAUCACGCAUUAAAUCAACUUACUGGAGCUGCAUUCGGAGCCGCUGGACAACGUUGCAUGGCUUUGUCUACCACAGUAUUCGUCGGCGAAGCACAAGAAUGGCUACCAGAAUUGGCAGAACGCGCGAAAAAACUUAAAGUCACUGGUGGAUUUGAACCCGACGCUGAUCUAGGUCCGUUGAUUAGUCCACAAGCGAAAGAACGUGUCGAGGGAUUAAUACAAAGUGGUGUUGAUCAAGGAGCUGAACUUGUUUUGGACGGUCGUAACCCUACCGUGCCUGAAAAGUAUAAAAAUGGAAAUUUUGUCGGUCCUACAAUAUUAGCUAAUGUUAAGACACACAUGGAAUGUUAUAAGCAAGAAAUAUUUGGUCCUGUACUUGUAUGUCUAUCAGUUGACACUCUUGACGAGGCAAUUGAAUUGAUUAAUAAAAAUCCAUAUGGAAAUGGGACUGCAAUUUUCACAAAUAGUGGAAGUAACGCACGAUACUUUAACCAGAAUAUUGACGUUGGGCAAGUUGGAGCAGUUAACACACCUAUCCCCGUUCCACUCCCCAUGUUUUCAUUUACUGGAAGCCGUGGAUCGAUACAAGGAGACGUGUACUUUUAUGGUAAAUCUGGAUUACAAUUUUAUACUCAAACGAAAACCAUCACUUCGUUAUGGAGGAGAGAAGAUGUCGCGAGUAGUCGAGCCGCUGUUAAUAUGCCGACGAUGCGAUAG